GCCACUGCUCUAAAGACGUAAAGUUUCAGUAACUCGCGAUAUAAUUUGAUUUUACAUUAAAAGUUUUUACUAUCCUUGGAGUAUAAUACUGCAAAUGAUUGAUAUCAUGUAUAUUCGAGUAAUUCAUAAAACAUUUCUGUAUAAUUUCACCUUUCGGACUUGCGCGCAAAAGUUUUCACUCGGUGCCGACUGCCGAGGGGCUAUGUGGCAUCUAUUGUUCGUUUGUAGUCAGCCAUUUAUGGCGACGAUCAGUGCUCACAUGACCUGUUGUCGGUGAUCUCGUGACCAAAACAAACUUCGCUCCCGCCACUUGGCUAAUACAAAAACAGAUGAGAGCUCAGUGGGCUGAGUGAUGAUGAGUAGCUGCACUGGUUCAACUUCCACCACUGCUACCAACACAACCAGUAAGCACAGUGUUGGUGCUACUCGUGGUGGCAGCAUAACCAUCAAGACCAUGAGAGUCCCACCACAACAACAGCCCCCAACACAAAUAUUACUUGGACUAUCAGACCAACAAACAACAACAUUUACUCUAAAGCAGGAGACUGGAGGUACAGUGAUGUGCAGAGUGCUGCAAUUGCCUACAGAGUCUCUCCUGGAGGCACCUCAGCCUACAGUACAACACACCCUGCAACAUUCUUCCAGUGCUGGAGUAACAAAUGGGCUGCCAGCACUGCUUACGGCAUCAGACGCCUCAGAAACUAAGCUGCUGUUAGCAACAGACGAGUCCAGCGCCUCACCAGGCACUAUUUUCUCUUCAGGCGGUCAGCUGUAUCUGGUGGGAGAUGCUGCUCCUACAAUCAUCACCGGUCUGCCUUCUGCAUCAAGCGUCUCUGUAUCUUCAGGCGGCAGUUUGAGUGUAGUCAACCACAGCGUCAAUGCCACUAGCAGUAGCAUUAAUAACACUAACGGUAGCAGCAAUGGCUGCAGUUUGCUGUUGCCUCGACCCCCUACAACAAAGAAUGAAGGUUCUGCUAGUGCGGUCAGUUCUCUGCUCAACUCCAGGGGGCGUGCCAGGGAAGAUAAGCGAAGGGUGGUCCACAACGAAGUCGAAAGACGACGCAGGGAUAAAAUUAACAACUGGAUAGGCAAACUGGCCAAGAUUUUACCCAACUGCAAUGAGGCGCAUUUGAGAAAUGUGAACAUGAUGACGAGCAAAGCAGGCAUACUGGCAAAAGCAUGCGACUACAUCCAGGAGAUCCAGCGGGAGAACGAGACGCUCACUGAAACUGUGCGCAAGCAGCAGCGACAACAGCACGAGCUACAGUUGCUCAGAGAGCAAAAUAACCAACUGAAGAACGAGAAUGCUUUGUUAAGAGAACAGCUCUCGUGAACACGCUGCAUCGUAACUAAAUUGAUUACUAAUCUUAGUGCCUCUUCAUCUUACUUUUUGUAAAUAAUCGUCAACAGCAUUUUGCUUCAAAUUGCCUCAAUUAUCCACUUUCUUGCGGGAUAGAGAAUAAUAAUUUUUAGUAUCAACAAUUUUUAGUGAUUUUAGCUCCCCAUGCUUCGCCUCUAUAGAGCCAUUAUUAGAACAAAGAUGGACUACGGAUGCAUUAUCUAGCAACACGCAAGAAAACAAACCCUUUCUUUACUCGAUCCGGUCCACAACGCCGCCAUCAGGACAUGUACAGGAGCAUUUAGAACAUCCCCCACUCAUAGCCUCUAUGGAGAGAGCGGCAAACCUCCACUCUAUCUCCGCCGAAUACAGCUCAAGCAAUCACCUCUAUCCCAACAUGGCGCAGCGUUAUAGCUGAAGACCGACCAAACAUUUUCCAGUCAUUAUCACGUACUCCGAAGACAAUGAAACACUGCUUGCAACAACGCAGGCUCAUAAACUAGAAGUCAUACCAGUCACGUUUGAGGAUACCCCUACAUGGCGCAUCCCCAUCAACACAUUCUGCCCGGACCAAAACUACCCACUGAAGCAACGGUCACACCCAACCAAGAUGAGAAACCUCUUUUUCAACCAUGCAUCUACAAAGCAUGCAAACUCACCACAUAUUUACACCGACGGCUCUAAGACGAACGGCGCAGUGGGAUGUGCAGCGGCGGUGUCAGACGACUCAGUUCAAGCUCAUCAAUCUACACCGCUGAGCUCGUCGGUGUCAGCUGUGCCCGUAGCCUCAUAGAUGAAUUGCCCAGAGACGACUUUACCAUAUUUAUAGAUUUCAAAAGUGUGGUGCAGGCUCUGAGAGUUUAUAACAGCAGGCACCCCAUCGUCCGGGACAUCCCGACCGGCCUGCUGCGCCUGGCGGGGGCAGGGAGAGCGGUGAGCGUCUGCUAGGUGCCCGGACACGUGGGGGUGCGAGGCAACGAGAGGGAGGACGAGGCGGCGGUAGACGCCGCCUCAUUAAAUUAGGCGAUCCAUAGUGAGCAGGUCCCUUGCCUGGACCACUACCCUAUCAUCAAAGGCAAGCAUCCGCCAUAUCUGGCAGGAACAGUGGCAGAAUGUUAGAGGACUGUACUAAGAACAACUAAGGACUGUGUACAAAUAUGGAAUUCAUCAUACCAGAAAUGUCGGAAGAUGGAGGUAGCGCUGUGCAGACUAAGGAUCGGCCACACGCGCCUCACUCACAGCUACCUGAUCGAACGCCGUCCAACGCCGUAUUGCAAUGAUUGUUUGGUACCCCGGACGGUCUUGCAUGUUACGGCGGAAUGCCCGAGCCAGAACGAAACUCGGCAAAACUACUAACCCAGCACUACUGCCCUCAGCCCAAAUGAAAUGCUGUCUAGGAUGCUGAGGGAAGUUCCCCGAUGCAUCUUUUGAACUGACAACCUUAGACAAUAUCUAAUUGAGUGUAACCUGCUGCCAGAUAUCUAGCACGGCACCUUGAUACCGGGCAGAAAAGACCCACACAUUCGAAAAAACACCACAUUCGUGUCAGCCCAUUACUGAUUGAGAUGAAACGACAGAAGUUGGAUCGACCCUGCGCCUCAGUAAUAGAAAAGCAUGCGCUCAAGACCAGAUGGAUCAGGCUGCGAGCCUAAAACCAACGAAGAAACCUGACCCUGCAAACAGAAUAUUGCGCUUUCGGCGCGAAAUUGACGAAGAUGAUCUGAAGUGAUUAGAAAUCUCUCACCUACAACUACUACUAGUGAUGACAACGGCAAUAGCUUUCAUUUCCUGUACGUGUGCCUAGAGUUGACUUGACUGCAAUUUUGUGCUCUUGUGUUGGGGUGUUCUCCGGACAACCCACUGAAAAAUCUUGUUUAAAAGUUUCAUGCGUUCAUGGUGCGUCUGGAACGUCGAUUU